AUGGUUAUUGUUGAAGAUUUCACAGCCUCACAAAUCCUUAAAGACAUGUGGGAAAAUUUUGUCUUGGUGGUCGUUUUGAAGAAAGAUAUUUUAUCAGCGAUAAAUUAUCAUAAUCUUCAACUAAUCACAGAAUUAAAUUUAGAAGAUUCCAAUGAAAUGUUACAAAUUAAAGCAGAAAAAAAACCCUUGAAAAUUCUCCAAGCUUCCGCCAAGCACAAAUUGAUAUUUAUUUAUUUUUCUAGCUGA